AUGUUUCAUAAAACUGUAGGUGAUAUAUUUGAUAAACUUCCUUGUAAUGUGAGCAAUAUGAUUGAAGGAAAAACAAGUAGGAAGAUUACUAGUGGUCCUUACGUGUUAGUUCUUUUGUCAAAUGCUAUAGUUGGUAGGACUUUUAUGAUCAGCAAUAGAGAAAUUCUUGUAUGGGAGCAACACUUUUAUAUUCCUGUUGCACAUAAUGAUGCCGAAGUGCAUUUUGUUGUUAAGGAUAGUGGUAUGGUUGACUCGCAACUUAUUGGUAUUGUGGCGAUCCCGAUGGAGCAAAUAUACUCAGGUGAAAAAGUACUAGGCACUUACCUUAUCCUUACUAGCAACGGGAAGCCUUGUAAGCAAGGUGUUGUGUUGAGUGUUUCCAUUCAGUUCAUUCCAGUAGAGAAGCUAACCAUUUAUCAUCAAGGAUUUGGAGAGUGGCCUGACUAUAUUGGUGUGCCGGGAACUUAUUUUUGUUUGAGGAAAGGCGGAACCGUGACUCUAUAUCAAGACGUUCAUGCUCCGGAUGGAUGCCUCCCUAAUGUCAUGCUUGAUCAUGGAAUGCAAUAUGCUCAUGAAAAGUGUUGGGUUGACAUCUUUAAUGCGAUAAUUCAAGCGAAACAUUUGGUUUACAUUAUGGGUUUGUCAGUGUGGCACAAAUUUAGGUUGCUAAGGGACGACGGUCAUUCUCAUGGGUUGGAUUUCACUCUUUGUGAUCUUUUUAAGUCCAAGUCUCAAGAAGGAGUAAGAGUGCUUAUCCUUGUUUGGGAUGACCUUACAUCAAGAACCAUUCUUGGUUUUGGUACAGUAGAUGAUGAUAGUAAAUGUAUAUUACGAAAAGUGGGAAAUAGACUUAGAUGGUUUACGCAUGUAGAGAGAAGACCUGUAGGUUCUCUGGAUGGUAUUAUGGCGAGUCAUGAUGUGGAAACUCAGCGAUUUUUCAAGAAUUCUUCUGUGCAAGUGCUACUCUUUCCUCGUAUUGAUAGAAAACAAUAUAGCUGGGCCAGGCUAAAGGUUUGA